UGUAAUCGCAUUCGAAAUUCAGUCUAUAUUAGAAGAUUUAUUGCGUAUCUAAUUCACAUAAGGCAUGGCUGUUAUGAUUUUGGAUGGCUCGAUUUGCGUGCAGGCUUGUGUAACAACCCCACACUGCACGAUGAGGUAUCGGUAGUGGCUGUGUUACCGGACACAUGUGAUGAACAGAACAUAAGAUAUGGGGAUAUGUAUCUCUGGUACCAGCAUGUCAGCUGUACUUGGGGCUCAGUAUUCAAAGCAGCUGCGUAUUGA